GAGAAAGAGUGGGAGAGAGAGAAAGAGAGAGAGAGAAGAGAGACAGAGAGAGAGAGAGAAAUUGUUUAGGCAAUGUAAAGAUAUGUUUCCCAAGCCAAUAAAGCCCCUUUAGAAUUGAGAGAGAGACAGUACUGUAAGUGGAAGACUGAGAUUGAGUGUGUUUAUCUGUUGUUCUGGACAAUCUAACCACUGUGUGUUUUCUCAGGUCUGCGGGGCGCUCCAGGUUACUCCCUGGAACAGGCUCAUCACCUGCCCAUAGAGAUGGACCCUCUCAUAGCCAACAACUCAGGUGUGAGUAAGCGUCAGAUCACAGACCUGGUGGACCAGAGCAUCCAGAUCAACACACACUGCUUCGUGGUUACCGCCGACAACCGCUACAUCCUGGUCUGUGGCUUCUGGGACAAGAGCUUCAGAGUCUACUCUACUGAGACAGGUAAGCUUACCCAGAUAGUGUUUGGCCACUGGGACGUGGUGACGUGCCUGGCCCGGUCAGAGAGCUACAUCGGGGGGGACUGUUACAUCGUGUCGGGGUCCAGAGACGCUACCUUGCUGCUGUGGUACUGGAGCGGACGCCAUCACAUCAUAGGAGACAACCCCAACAACAGUGACUACCCUGCUCCUAGAGCUGUGCUGACGGGUCACGACCAUGAGGUGGUGUGUGUGUCCGUCUGCGCUGAGCUGGGACUGGUCAUCAGUGGGGCCAAAGAGGGUCCUUGUCUGGUCCAUACUAUAACAGGGGAUCUGCUGCGGGCCCUGGAGGGCCCAGAGUUGUGCCUGAGGCCCCGCCUCAUCUCUGUGUCCAGCGAGGGCCACUGUAUCAUCUGUUAUGAGAGAGGACGCUUCUGUAACUUCAGCAUCAACGGGAAACUCCUGGCUCAGAUGGAGGUCAACGACUCGACACGGGCGAUCCUGUUGAGUAGUGACGGUCAGAACCUGGUGACAGGAGGAGACAACGGGGUGGUAGAGGUGUGGCAGGCCUGUGACUUCAAACAGCUCUACAUCUACCCAGGCUGUGACGCUGGCAUCCGCGCCAUGGACCUCUCUCACGACCAGAGGACUCUGAUCACUGGCAUGGCGUCUGGCAGCAUCGUAGCUUUCAACAUCGACUUCAACCGCUGGCACUACGAACACCAGAACAGGUACUGAGGAGAGGAGGAUGAAGAGGAGGAGAGGAGGAUGAAGAGGAGGAGAGGAGGAUGAAGAGGAGGAGAGG